CGAAGAAGAGCAGAAACGAAACCGUGUGUCAUAUACAAUGAAAAGUGUGUGCGGUUUUCAUGCUGAAUUUUUUUUAUUUUUUGUUUUUAAUCUUUCAUAACUUUAUCGCGCUUCUCCCGUCCCUGGUGAAGUUAGGAUUUAGGAGGACAGCCCCUCUCCCACCGCAUUCCACCACCAGCACCACCAAACAGAUCUGGGUCAAGCCCUAGCUCAUUAGUCUCAUAGAGGAUAGACGGAGAAGGAGGCGGAGAGCUUCUGUGAUAUGGUCCGCUUCUUCUCUCCCGCCGUUCAUCUGGAUAAACACUUCACCUCUCCAGCUGACAUUGUGACAGCAUGUGAAAGACAACAAGUGGCUUUAAAGAUCGGCUUGCACUGUUGUUCUUCAGGAAAUUUACGGAAUACAAACCAGCAAAAGAGGAGUCUUCAGCGUUAUGGUGGAUACAAUGAGCAGAUUCUGCCUCGCUGUCCAUGUGCUUCUGCUGUGCGCAUUUCUCCAGGCUCAGCAGCUGUUGCUGCCCGGGUCCUGCAACUUUGAACUGGGCACCUGUGGCUACAUAUCAGACCCAGUUUAUUCCAAGUGGCGAAUGAAUGAAGAAGGGCAUUUGAUAACAGUGGACUCAGCCUUCUUAGAUGACCAGGAAAAAGCAGUUCUUGUUAGUCCAUCUUUGGACCAACAGGACUGGAGCUGUGUGAGGCUGGUGUACCAGAUCACUGGACAAGGUUCCCUGCAGCUUCACUUCAGACCACACAGUGAUAACUUUGACUACUGUCUCUGGACUGCCAACAAAACCUCUGACAGUUGGCUCAUCGCUAGUGUGGACCUGCCAAACACCACCAUCCCCUACCAGAUUUUGCUGGAAGGUCGACCGGAACAUGGCUCAGGGAACAGCGUGGCCAUCUUUGAAAUUCACAUUGUUCCUGGUUACUGCAUAGAAUGUAAUUUUGAGGAGCAUCACAUGUGCGGCUACAGCAAUAGCUGGAACCCAAAUGUUAACUGGUAUGUUGGGGGGAGUGUGGUUGGACAGCCAAACCUGCUUGCAAACCACACCACCCACAACCAGAGAGGCCGCUUUAUGUAUGUGGACUCUAUAUACGCCAAGCACUUCCAGGAGGUUGCCAAGCUGACCUCACCUAUGACCACUGUGCCUAUGGAAGGUUGCCUGACCUUCUACUAUGACCAAGACCAGGAGCCCGGAAAUAUCUUCUCAGUUUUCACCAGAGACCAGCUAGGACAUUAUGAGGAGAUCUGGAGACCACAGGUGUAUGUUACUUCUGGUUGGACUCUGGCCAACAUUGACAUCAAGGCACCACAUCCCCUGGAGAUUGUGUUAGAGGUGGCUUUUAACAGUGCCAGAGGUGGAUACGUGGCCAUAGAUGACAUCUCCUUUGUCCCUGAAUUCUGCCACACUGAUACAGAGCCAACCUUUGAUCCUGCUAUAGCCAACUGUGACUUUGAAAAUGGCCUGUGUCUGUACUAUCAGGAGGCAGCAGAGAACAAGGUGUGGAGCAGAGUUUCAGUCAAGCCUAAUGUCUACAGCAUAGGCGAUCAUACCACAGGAACUGGCUGUUUCCUUGUGGCAAACUCUCGUUUCACUUCAAGACCUGGAUAUGUGGGUCGACUUCAUGGUCCCCUUUUACCUGGGAACCACAAAUACUGUCUGAGGUUCUACUACCUGCUUUAUGGGUUUAGGAAAGUAGGCACUGCUCUGGUUCUUUACAUUUAUGAUGAAAAUAACAUUGCCCAGGAGCAGGUGUGGAGCCUUGAUGACACUUCCAGGACUGUGUGGACUGAAGUGGAGAUCACCUACAUAAAACCCAUGCUUUCAAAGGUAGUGUUUGCCAGCAUAUGUAAGAACUUCUGGGAAUGUGGCCUCGUAGCUAUUGAUGACAUCACUGUCAGUCUAGGAGACUGUCAAAUUUCAGCAGGUGCUCUCCCACGCCAGUGUAAUUUCGAAAGUGGUAUCUGUGGCUACAUACAGGAUAAGAAAGGAGACAAUGCCGAUUGGCUGCGAUUAAGAGGACGCACUCCCACUUCCUACACAGGACCCAGAGGAGACCACACUACUGGGGUGGGUUACUUUUUAUACAUUGAAGCAUCACUCAUGCAGCCAGGUCAUAAAGCUCGGUUGCUGACCUCUGACCUGCGAGGCUCAUCAUACGUUCAGUGUUUGAUCUUCUACUACCACAUGUAUGGAACUGGCACUGGCAUACUGAGUGUUUUUCUGCACCGUGGCAGCAAAGAUCAGGACACACUGCUUUGGAGACGGCGUGGUGAACAGAGUGUCAGCUGGAUGAGGGCAAUGGUGGACUAUCACUGUGAUGUUCAACACCAGAUUAUAUUUGAAGCAAUCCGGGGCACAUCACUACGAAGUGAUAUCGCUAUUGAUGACAUACAUUUUAAAAGGGGACCAUGUGAAGAUGCUGGUGACAUCAUUCCAUACUCUGGAUUCUCAGAGAACUUCAAUGAGAUUGAGAACUGAGGCUGGUGGGACUGCUGGCUCAGUUGUCCAUCAGACUUAGGCAGAAUGGUUUUCAGUAUGAAUGUGAAUACCAAGAUAAUUUACAAAUUUGUAGAGCAAUGUUUAUGUUGCAGUCAGUCCCUCUGUCCCUCUGAUUACAGUGUAAGACAAUGGGAUUGUAUUAUGCACAAUGUCUUCUCCUGACAUUAUCCAGUUUCACAUUACCUAACAUUACAUAAACUUAUAUGAUACUUGGUUACACAUUUAUAUACCAAUCUAAAGACACUAUGUACAGAAAGUUGUACAAAUUCCAUAUUUUGUUACUGGAGGUAUGUAGGUUAGUAAGAAUAUUUACCAAACAGUGUUAUCUCUUAUUUCCACUCAGAGCUAAGGUACAGUAAACUACACCACAAAUGCUUAUUGAAAAAAGAAAUGUUUGACACUUGAAAAGAAACUCACCAUUGUGGAAUGUUUGUGCUUAUACCAUCUUCAAAGGGCAGAGCAGUACAGGGAGAAUGAUUUGUACAGUUUACAGUGUGUGACUUCAUAUAAUAGUUGAACUGUCAUUUGUUUUGGUACAGCUGUAGUUUUGUUCUGUAUAGUUACAUGAACACAGAAGACAAAUAUUUUCAGUUGCUUUUAAACAGAAACGAUCGAGGAAACUUGCUUCAUUACUUUUUCUCGUAAGUCUUAUAAUUAUAUCAAAGGCAGAAAGAAUGAGACCAUUUCAGAGGUAACAUCUAGCAAAAAAAAAAAAA